GUGAGAUUCGCGAAGUGUGUGCCCGACGAGCAUCUCUAGGAAAAGUGCGUCGCACGUAAGUGCGGGGCGUGAUAUGAAACAGUGAAUCGAACCCGUGAUUAAAAUGGACAGGCGACGCUAGUCGCACGUCAUGGGAUUGUGAAAGGAAUCGUGAACGUAGACGAAGGUGGCAGGAAGUGGGAAAAAGGGCCAGGGAUACAACGCUCACGCCCGGUUGUCACGACGCCAUGUUUCCCCAAAGUGGUCUACCGAUGUCGAGUAUCCUUUUGAUGAUACUCUGCUUUUUCGUACUUAUCGCCGCCGGCCUUGACGAAUCCGGUGUAGAGAAAAUAGACACAGUCGAAAGAAAAAAUGAAAAUCCAUCGACCUUAGAAAUUACAGCGUCUCAAGAUUUAGAAGGCAUAGAGGCUGGCAGUACACCUUCGCUGAUAUGUAAAUUGAACGUCCUGGGUCAAAUAUGGUGGACCAGUAAUGGAAGAAACCUCACCACGAUUAAGGAUUAUGAAUCUGGGGGACGUUUGGAUAUUAAACAAGCUAGUAGAAACGAUACAGGAGAUUAUAAAUGCGUGGCACAAACUGUGGAUGGAGAAUUACUGGAGAAAGAUGUUCAUAUCAGAGUUAUUGAACCAGGUAGAGUAACAGCCGGAGAAGACAUUAGGGCCAAAGUAAUGGAGGCUGCUAACUUAACGUGUCACAUGCAUGGUUAUCCAUUGUCCCAAUUUACUUGGUUAAAAGGGAACAAUUCAGAAAGUACAGAACAUUUAAAAGAACUUACUACUGUUACACAGAUAAACGAAACAUACACAAUAUUGACUUUAGAAUUUACAAGUUUAACGCAUAAAGAUAAUGGAACGUAUAUUUGCAAGGCACACGAUUACAAUGGCGAAAUUAGCGCUUAUAGGCACCUUUUUGUAAUCGACGUACCAAAAGUCAGCAUCGAUUUUAUGAAAGCUGUCGGUGCUGGAAGUAUAUUUUUAAACUGGACUGUAAACGACGGCAAUGAACCGAUUAAAAAGUAUUUUAUUCAACAUAUGAAGAAUGGAACAGACCAGUAUCACUAUUACAUUGAACAAAUUGGCGGCGGUAAUUCGAGUUACGUUUUGAAAGGUUUUGAAAGUGGUACCGCGUAUCAAAUUGCAAUUAGUGCUACCAAUGUUGUAGGUGAAUCACACGUAAGAUUCGAUCCUCGUUGGAUCACUACGCUCGAAAAAGAUCCUAUAUUUGUGCCAAAAGUUUCUGUUAAUGGUGUCACUGAGAAUUCAAUUACAAUAGGCUGGACAGUGCCACCGUCUGAUUUAAAAGAACACGUUCAUUAUUACAAUUUAAUGGCUACUCACGGGGAACAGAAAAGGGAAGCAGUAUAUCCAGCGCAACCGUUCACUGUAUACGCAUUUGUUGAUCUUGAUCCUGCGACUACGUAUAAUUUUAGUAUCGCUGCGUGCAGCGAAUAUACAAAAGAAUGUGGAAACUGGAGCACCGAAGUGAAUGGCACUACUCUAGACGGGGUGGCCAACCCUCCUCAGAAUCUAUCCGUUAACUGUCGAUUUGAUAACAUAAGUAGCUCUAGUUUUAUCUCCAUCACGUGGAUCCAUCCAGAAAAGCCAAACGGCGUUAUUACUCGCUACAAUAUACAAUUAACCGGCGUUGCUAAAUUUAAAAAUGAUAUGGGUCGUUUAGACAUUGAUAAGUGGGGACCACAAAAUUGGAGCGUUUAUAAAAGGAACAGUACGCAUUUCAAUCAAAUACCGCCUAAUACAAAUUACACGGUCCGUGUACACGGUGUCACUAGAUCGCGUACACCAGGAAAGGACGCUGUUGGCAAUUGCACCACGCCAGUUACCAUUCCAGACAGAGAUAGCUUGAAUAUGCGAACAUGGCGUAAAAUCGAAAAUCAAGGUAAACAGUUAUUUAAACUGUACCUUCCACGUAUUACGGAAAGGAACGGCCCUAUUUGUUGCUAUCGAGUUUAUCUGGUUAAGUUAGCGCCACAGAAAAGCGUUACGGAUUUACCACCACCCGAGGAAAUUGGUGUAUAUUCGUAUCAUUACGCUCACAGUUCGCCUUCCGGGGGUGCUUACGUUGCCGAAACAUUCGACAGCGAUCGAUUAAUAUCAGAGAUUUUCCUCGGCGACGGCGAAUCGUUCAACGGUAGCUCUAUGUGCGACAAAUGUAUCGGAAUUCGGCCAAAAGCAGCUCCGCCAGUAUUACAUUUUGUUCCUGAAAUUCAAACAACUAUAGCAACGCUAAACGCAACGCCUGCGACAACUAUAACACCACCACCGACGACUACAACCUCUUCCCCGACAAUAAGCAUUACUACCCAAAAAAUAGAGACAACGGUUCCGAGUAUAAUGAACGGCAACCAUACUGAGAAUGUAGCGAGAAGAAAACGAGAGAAUAUGGCCACUCAAAAGAUAAAGAGCACCGACGGAUCUUCCGAACUACCGUCGUACAACCCACAGGAUGGCUCUUUGGAUGAAAAAUCUAAUUACACCGGUUUCAUCGAAGUUAUUGUAUUUGGAGCCCAGGAGGAUCAACUUUUACCAGCCUACAGCAAUUAUUUCAAUCCUCUUUACGGUGGAUUGGAUCCUGGGACUAUAGCUUCGUCCGAAGUGACUACACUCAGCGUCAUUCUACAAAUAUCGGUUGCUCUAAUAUUGAUCAUCAUUAUUCUUCUUAUCGCGCUUUGCGUGUUGCACAGAUACACGAAACGUGUGCAGCAAAGAGGCGAAGAAAUCAUUACACUAAGAAACAGUUUCAGGCAUCUGUGCAGAAGUCUCAGAGGAAGACAUCAGCUUGUAGCCGCGAGUCCACCGGAUAUGCCCCCCAUUCCUAGAAGCGAGCUGCUUCAGUCGUAUCUCGAACGACACCGAGAUUCCGAUUACGGAUUUCAACAUGAAUUCGAACUGCUGCCGGAUAGAUUUACAGACCGUACCACGAGAGCAUCGGAAGCACGCGAGAAUCUGUACAAAAAUCGUUAUCCGGAUAUAAAGUGUUACGAUCAGACUAGAAUACGAUUAGCCCAGAUGGAUGGUAUUUGCGGAUCCGACUAUAUAAAUGCUAACUUCGUGCUGGGUUACAAAGAGCGCAAGAAAUUUAUAUGCGCUCAAGGCCCGAUGGAGAAUACUGUUUGCGAUUACUGGAGAAUGAUUUGGGAACAACAUCUCGAGCUGAUACUCAUGCUGACGAAUCUCGAAGAGUACUCGAAAACGAAAUGCGCGAAAUAUUGGCCGGACAAAGGAGAGACGAAAAACUUUGGAGACAUCACCGUGGAACACAUUCGGGAGAGGGCUUUCUCGGACUACGUUGUGCGCGAAUUGAAAAUGACACGACUCGGCGAAAGAGACGCGCGCACUAUCGUUCAGUAUCACUUCUUAGUUUGGAAAGACUUUAUGGCGCCAGAACAUCCCCACGCGAUAUUGAGAUUCAUAAAGAGAGUGAACGAAGCUUAUUCGUUGGAGAAGGGACCAAUAUUGGUGCAUUGUAGCGCGGGUGUAGGACGAACGGGAACGUUGGUCGCGUUGGACUCAUUGUUGCAACAAUUGGCUGAAGAAGGUCAAGUCUCGAUAUUCAACACGGUCUGCGAUUUGAGACACCAACGGAACUUCUUAGUGCAAUCGCUUAAACAGUAUAUUUUCAUUUAUCGCGCGUUAAUGGAAAUGGCGCAAUACGGGGACACGGAGAUUCCGGCUUCUCAGCUGAAAACUUCUGUUGCGAAAUUGAGACAGAGGGACAAUGGCAAAGAAAAAUGUAGAAUGGAAGAAGAGUAUGAUAAAAUCAACUCUGUGUUGGAAGAUAGAAAAUCAUUCUCUGUAGGUGGAGGCGAAGAAAACAAAAGCAAGAAUAGAAGCGAAUUGAUAAUACCGUACGAUAGAAAUAGAGUUAUUCUUACGCCUGUUCCGGGCAGAGAACAUUCAACAUACAUAAAUGCAUCGUUUAUCGAAGGCUAUGACAAUUCCGAAUCGUUUGUCAUAACCCAAGACCCUCUAGAGACCACUAUAGCAGAUUUCUGGCGAAUGAUUUCUGAACAAUGCAUUUCCACAAUAGUAAUGCUAUCCGAUCUAAACGAAGGUUCGCGAAAAUGUCCACGAUAUUGGCCCGACGACGAAGCUGUGUACGACCACAUAAGAGUUAGAUACAUUCAGAGCGAGAGUUGUCCAUAUUACACUCGUCGCGAGUUCUGUGUUUCUAAUACGAAAACCGACGAGAAUGUGGUUGUGACGCAGUAUCAGUACCAUGGGUGGCCGACGGUAGAGGGAGAAGUACCUGAAGUGACACGCGGUCUUAUAGAACUUGUAAAUCAAACGCUUACAAACGGUACUGAAUCGAGCGGGUCAUUGGUUGUUCAUUGCAGCUACGGGUCCGAUAGGAGUUCUAUGUUCGUCGCUCUUAGUAUAUUGGUUCAACAGCUACGAACCGAGAAACGCGUAGACAUUUUCACGACGACAAAGAAGUUGCGUUCUCAAAGACACGGCAUGAUCAGCGCCUUUGCGCAAUAUGAAUUUCUCCAUCGUGCUAUCGUCAACUAUUCGGAUCUUCAUAAUUUGGCCGACGACGAGCCAGCAUCUUAAUACCAUGAAACGUACGAUUGGAAAACCUAAAUAAUGUUUGGUGAACAACCGCGUAAAAACAUUUCACGUACAAAAAGUGUUUGAAAACGUAUAAAUGCUCAAAUGAACGUAUAUUGGGCCAACCAAAGAGAUCACUAAUGUAUUGGUGAACGAUCACAACAUCCAUGAACUUAGACUGACAUGUAUGUGCGCAUAAGAAACUAUAACCCCUUUGAGAAUUGAACAGCUUAUGCACGGACUGUCUAAUUGUGCGUACCGAAGACAUUUUACCUGUAUGACACGGAAUAAGCAGCAAAUGGCACACAUUUUCAAACCGGUAGGAUAAAACUGAAUGCACAAUUGGUUCUAUGGAAAUUUUGCCAAUUAAAUUAACCAUUGGUCGGUUAAUUGUUACAAAGUGCAGAACAGUGAUAACCUUCGUGAUACCACGCCCUCGACAACUGUUGUAAAGCUAUCCGAAUAACUCGUUUUUAUUGAUAAUAUCGAGAACAAAAAAAAACAAAAAAAAACAAAAAAAAACACGAAAUAGUGUAUUAAAACUUCUUGUGAUCGAAAUGGAACAUUCUAUAAAAGCACUGACACAGCAAAGUAAGUGCUUUUUUUAAUUAACAAAUAUGACUAUUUGGUGAACUAGUGAAAAAUCGAGCAUGUUUAUAAAACGUACGAACAUUCUGACAUGUGGACCAUAUAAGCUUAUCGAUUUAAUAUUUGAUCGUGUUCUUUUUUAUUGUAACAGUCGUAUAAUAUAUUCAAGCUCAAUUUUGGAAAUGCAAAUUGCAUUACUACUUUGAGAUUAUGAUUUAUAGAAACUGAUUAAUCUUUAUGUUGCAUAUUUCUUUGAACGCGAUCAAACAUAGGCGGUAAAGUUCAUAUGGUUCAAGGCCGAAUAAGAACUCUUGUAUUCUUCCAAACAUUUCUACCAACAUGUGUUGUUAUUCUACCGUUCAAUGUGACAAGGAGAGGUCAAACGCUACUAUGGUCUACCUUUCAUUACAAUAUACUAAUGAUAUCACGCACGUAUGUGUGUAAGUUUAUUUGUAAGAUACGGUGUCAUAUACAUAUGUAUAAGCGUGUGUUUCACACGCCUGCGCUAAUUUUUCUUCUAAAGAAAGACUGAUAUUCUUAUUCAGUUUAAACUGCGCGAAAAAUAUCUGUACCUUAUUUGUAUUACAUCAGAACUGCUGCAAAUCGUAAUACACGGGAGAAUCAUUUUUUACUUUUUCAUACAUGAUGAGAAAAUUAGGGAUAUCUGUCUGUCUGUAUGUGUGUGUGUGUGUGCGCGUGAGUGCGUGUAUGAGGCAUGCCCGUAAAUGUGCUUUGUAAGACACCAACAAAAUGUUGCACGUAAUUGGAGGGCUUACGCGGCACAAAAGAAGCUACAUUUUUACUUGAGAAUACUAAGAGACAUGGACGGUUCUCAGAUUAAUCAGAUUCAAUUUCUAUUACCCAAGUUGAAUCAAAAUCAGUUGGACGCUCGAGGUCAUUCGAUAGUUAGACACAAUUUUUUAUUUUCACGACAUAUCGGCCUGCCCCUAUUGCGUUGAAAGAUAUAACACAAUAGAAUAACUAAACGGUGGUGUAGUCUCCCAGUGACCUUGAACAAUCAUCUGCAUCUGAUCCAACUUGGUGCAUUGAGUUUCAGAAAUUUUUUUUUAAAGUAGUUCGUACAAAUGCCUAACAUUUUUUUAAUAAUUUUUCUAAUAAUUAAAUGAAACUAUUUCAGAUGCAAGAACUGCCCGUAGCUCUCGGUAUUCUAUUUUGCAGUGAAUUAUAUCGAAACGAAAAAAUAAAACUAAGUUGAUGCGAUUAAUGUAAACAAGGAAAGAAAAAAAAAAAAUUAAACCUUUGGAAUACGGAAAUUAUGGAAAUCAGUAACAUAUUGUAUUCCUUUGCACGCUCGUUCAUUUCUAGUCAAGUUUUAAUUCUGGCACGUGCGCUGCUAAGCCGUUCAUUUACGGCAAGGGACAAUCACAUUAAAUUUUACAUCACAUCGAUCGGCAAACAUUUUUUCUUUCCUUUUCUUUUCUUUUUUUUUU